AAGUGCAGGUACCGUGAGUGUCUGGCUGGUCUGCCCCGAAAAUGUCAAAUUCAAAUCACUGUACCGUCAAGGACAAGAAUUUGUUUCCGGAUGACUUAGAUGAAGAAAGUGUGGUUUUAACACUUGUCCCAGUUACAGAGGAGCCUUUUGAAGAAGUUAUACAAUCCAAUGUUCCAACAGCAGACAAUCUCAACCUAGAGACACCGAAGAAUAACAAAGAUCUUCCACAAACAAAUGACAUGAACAAUUCCUCGAGAACUCGUUGGAAAAAGCCCGUGGGUCCAUUGCCUGCUGUCUUGCCUCCUAUUACUGAGGUGUCUCGUAAUGCCUUGCGUAACUGGUGCCAACAAUUUAACCUGAGUACAGACGGCCAGAAAAUAGAAGUGUAUUUGAGGCUCCUGAAGCAUAGAUAUCCCGAACAACAAAAUUAUAUUCCCAAAACAUCAAAGGAGGCCAGAAUGACGCCAUAUUCCAAGAACAACUGUAAGAGGGAAAGAAGUCGGCAGAAAAGAAGUAGUAUAAGUGAAAAGGCCAAUACACACAGGGACACUGUUGGAAAUGAGUCUGGCCUAGAAUUGAAAGGUAAUAUAGUAGAAGUAGUCACUUCUGCCCAAGCAUCUAUGUUGGCAUCUUGGGCACGAAUUGCUGCAGAAACUCCUGAAGCCAAGACAGUGAAGUUUUGUCCUCCUGAGUCAACCAUAGAGACAUUUUUGCUGCCAGCCCCUGGUGUCAGGUGGUGCGUAGUCCAUGGCAGACUUCUCCCAGCAGAUGGGAAGGGAUGGGUGCGCCUGCAGUUUUGUGCAGGUCAGACCUGGGUCCCCAACUCUCGCAAGACAAUGAUUUCUCUCUUCCUGUUACCAGCCUGUUUAUUCCCAACCCCAGGACUAGAAGAUAAUAUGUUAUGUCCUGAAUGUGUCAAAAGGAAUAAGAAGAUGCUGAAAACAAUUAAUUGCAAUAGGAGAUAAAAGAAAAAGGCAUACUUU